AUAAAAAAACAUCUUUAUAAUAAACUAAGGUCAAGUUUAUAAGAAGUUGUUUAGUUUGAUCAGAAAAGUGUGUGUGUGCAGUCAUCAUUUUGUAUAUAGAUAUACUUCUCAACAAAUUAAACAAAUUAAGUGCAUUAUGUUAAGACAAUUAGUUUUUAUGACGAUAUCUUUUCGAGUAUAAUCAUUUUUAUUUAAAAUUGCAUGUAAUAAUCUGGUGUAAAAAGAAAAUGAAAAUGAAACGUAGUAGAUCUUUAUCUCCUAAAGCAUCAAGUAGUGAAGAAGAUAUGAAACGCAUCAAAUUUGAAGAAAAUGAAAAGGCAAAUGAUAUAAUAAUACAUCCACAUAUAUUAGACUUCUCUGAUGAUGUUCUAUUGAACAUAUUUAAAUAUUUGAAUCCUAAAGAUCUCAUGGCAAUAAGUUUAUCUUGUCAACGACUAGCUCAAAUAGCACAAGAUAAAACUUUAUGGAGAAGGGUAGAUUUUCGAGCAACACCUAUAUUAUUAGAUGAUUUAAAAGAAUAUAUAAAAUUUCUACAGCCUAUAACAACAAGUCUUGCUAUGCGUGGUGAUUUAUAUUGUGAAAAUGAUGCAGAACUUAGUCCUUACUUUCUCAACUCAGUUAAAGCUACAUGUACUCAACUUAAAGAAUUAAUUAUAGAGGAAUAUUGUAUUAAUGCAGACAAGAUUCAAAUUACAGAUUUUCCAAGUACCAUAGAAAAACUUUCAUUAGAAGGCUGCAAAAUGGAACAUUUGCGUAGUAAUAAAUCAUAUUUUUUCAAAAUGAAUUUCCAUAUGCCUAAUUUAACAUGUUUAAUUUUAAGUAAUUGCGAAUGGUUUACUCCACAUUCAUUGUUGGUCAUUAGUAAGAUGCCAAAGUUAAAGGAAUUAAGGCUAAACUCGUGCCAUCGCUUAGGCGAAUGCGUUGCUUACACUAGUUUAGCUACAAGAUUUGGAUUCAAAACAUUAGAAAUUCUUGAUUUGCGAGAUACAGCACUUGGUGAUAGUGAAGUUGGAUGUUUUAGUUGUACUAAAACUUUGACACAUCUUUAUCUGGAAUGUCCUUCCAGUUUAAGAAACACGGAAUCGCCCGAUUCAGAAUCUCGACCUUUGCAGAGAGAACCUUUGAAUCAACAUCCUGUAUAUGAAGAUAGAAAUCUUGCACAAUUCCUAGUCGAAGAUGGAUUUCGUUGGGAGAAUUAUAUGUUCGGACGAUGCCUAAUAACAGACAGAGCAAUUUGUGCUCUUGGAAGUGAUACUUGUGAUCGUAUAAUCAAUAAUUUGGCAGAAGAAGUUAUAGUUGUAGAAGGAGACAAACGAAUAUUUAAUAAUCCUCAUUUAAAAACAUUGGUUGUUAGAAAUUAUCCACAUGUUACAAACUCAAGUCUCGUACAUUUAGCUUUAAAUGCAUCGAGUCUCGAACAUCUGGAUGUAAGUGGCACAUCUGUUACAAGACAAGGUGUUGAAACUUUUAAGACACAAAGACCGAACGUUAAAAUAGUUACCUCUUUUGAUGAAACACACACAAGCAUUUGAGAAGUACAGAGUCAUUCUGGAGGCUUUGAUAACAUGAUACUUUUAUUGUUGUAUAAAUCUAUUUUCCGCAAAAAUGAAUAUAAUUAUAAGGAUUAGGAGUAUAAACAAUUUUUUAUUUUUCAUUAAUUUCAAUAAUAAACAUAAAUUCUAUGAUGCGGAGCAUAGAAUAAUAUCUCAAGUUUAUAUUUUAAUUUUACAACUUCCAUGUGUGUUCAAUAUAUUUAUUCGCGCAUGUGUUACAAUUCCAUUAUAUUGUAUAUAAAUAUUUGUGUGCAAUCUAAUAUUAUUGCAUUUUCUAUCUUUAAUGUAACAAAUCGGAUACAUUGCUUUGCGUUGAUGGUAAUGAAAUUUCAUUAUCAAAUGAAGGCACUAUAUAUGUAUGAAGUAUUUUAAAUACAUUAUUCAAUGAGAGAGAGAGAGAGAGAGAGAGCGAGAGAGAGUUAUGUGCCGUACUGAUAAUGCAAAAGAACAAAUGGUAGAAACCAAAUAAGUUUUUACUUUAAUACAUCUUUUUAAAUUCAUACAUCGAGUUUGUUCAAUUUAAAAAGAUCAUAUAUUUAGGAUAUUUAAAAACUAUUGA